CGCAGGGGGUGGCCCACCUCGCGCUUCCUCCCCCUCCCCCGCUCGCUCCACGCCAUGGAGGCCGCCGCCGGCAUGCCGCGCCGCCUCGCCGUGGCAGCCUGCCUCAGCGCCGCCGCCGCCGUCCUGCUGCUCGCGGCCACCUCGGUCGCCGCGCUCUCCGACGCCGAGGCGUCGUACAUCGCCGGGAGGCAGCUGCUGUCCCUCAAGGUGGGCAGCGACCUCCCCGACGAUUUCGAGUUCGACAUCCGCGUGGACAUCACCUUCGCCAACGACCGCCUCCGCCGCGCGUACAUCGGGCUGCAGGCGCUCCGCCGCGCCAUAUACUCCGACCCCAAGAACUUCACCGGCGGGUGGGUCGGCGCCGACGUGUGCUCCUACUUCGGCAUCACGUGCGAGGCGGCGCUCGAUGACCCCAGCGUCACCGUCGUCGCCGGGGUCGACCUCAACGCCGGCGACAUCGCCGGGUAUCUCCCCGUCGAGCUCGGCCUGCUCACCGACCUCGCGCUGUUCCACAUCAACUCCAACCGCUUCUGCGGCAUCAUCCCCGAGAGCUUCUCGCGGCUGACGCUGCUGCACGAGCUCGACGUCAGCAACAACCGCUUCGUCGGCGGCUUCCCGGAGGUGGUGCUGCAGAUCCCGGUGCUCAAGUACCUCGACAUCCGGUUCAACGACUUCGAUGGCGAGCUGCCGCCGCAGCUGUUCGAGAAGAGCUUCGACGCCAUCUUCGUCAACAGCAACCGGUUUGCCGGCCACAUCCCGGAGACCUUCGGCAACUCGACGGCGACGGUGGUGGUGCUCGCCAACAACCGGUUCAUCGGCUGCAUCCCCCGCAGCGUCGGCUGCAUGAAGGGCACGCUCGACGAGCUCGUGCUCCUCAACAACCGCCUCGACGGCUGCCUCCCGCCGGAGAUCGGGGAGCUCGCCAACACCACGGUGGUGGACGUCAGCGGCAACCAGUUCGUCGGCUCACUGCCGGAGGAGCUCGCCAACAUGACCAAGCUCGAGCAGCUCGACGUGUCGAGGAACCUGCUCGCCGGCACCGUGCCGGAGCCCGUCUGCAAGCUCCCGGCGCUCACCAACUUCAGCUUCGCGUACAACUUCUUCAGCGUGGAGCCGGCGGCGUGCGUGCCGGCGGAGACCGCCGUGGUGGAGCUCGACGACACGAGCAACUGCCUCGGCGGCGCGCGCCCGGGGCAGAAGACGUCGCUCGAGUGCGCGCCCGUGCUCUCGCGCCCCAUCGACUGCCGCACGAACGUCUGCUCGGCGCGGCCGUCCUCACCGUCGUCUCCGAAGCCUACUCCAGCGCCGCCGACACCAUCUUCCAAGCUGUCGCCGAAGCCGCAAACUCCGGCGCCACCCACGCCGGCACCGUCGCCAACACCUGUUUCGAAGCCAUCGCCGAAGAUGAUGAGACAUGCGCCGCCCCCGCCACCGCUGUCGCCUGAGCCGACGCCAAUGCCUACCGCUGAGGUCCCGGCGCCCUCAGCGUUGGAGCCUCCUGAGGCGUACGCUCCGGAGCCCUCACCACCACCACCAACUCCGGUGAGCUCUCCACCUCCACCCGUUAAAUCCCCUCCGCCACCUGUGCCGGUGCACUCUCCGCCCCCGCCAGUCAAAUCCCCUCCGCCGCCUGUGCCGGUGCACUCUCCGCCCCCGCCAGUCAAAUCUCCUCCACCACCGGCUCCAUUGAGCUCUCCACCACCACCAGUCAAAUCGCCACCACCACCUGCACCAGUGACCUCUCCUCCGCCACCGCCAGCACCAGUCAACUCGCCACCUCCUCCGGUGAAAUCUCCACCACCGCCGACACCAUUAAGCUCACCACCUCCGCCGAUCAAAUCUCCACCACCGCCGGCACCAGUGAGCUCUCCACCUCCACCCAUCAAAUUUCCUCCACCCCCAACGCCAGUUAGCUCUCCACCACCACCGGUAAAACCUCCUCCACCACCUGCACCGGUGAGCUCUCCUCCUCCACCAGUCAAAUCCCCACCACCACCAGCGCCGGUGAGCUCACCACCACCACCUAUCAAAUCCCCUCCACCGCCAGCACCGGUGAGCUCUCCUCCCCCACCAGUCAAAUCCCCACCACCACCGGCGCCAGUGAGCUCACCACCACCACCUAUCAAAUCCCCUCCACCGCCAGCACCAGUGAGCUCUCCUCCCCCACCAAUCAAAUCUCCACCACCACCGGCACCGGUGAGCUCACCACCUCCACCUGUAAAAUCUCCACCGCCACCUGCACCAGUAAGCUCGCCGCCUCCUCCUGUAAAGUCUCCUCCUCCACCGACACCUAUAAGUUCUCCCCCACCACCAGUAGCUUCACCGCCACCUCCAUCCCCAGUGAGCUCUCCACCCCCGCCGGUCAAAUCCCCACCACCACCGGUCUCAUCUCCACCUCCUCCAGUCAUCCCAUCAUCUCCACCACCAGCACCAUCACUACCUCCUCCCCCACCAGAGGAGCUAGUCAUCUUACCACCAAUCUUAAGUCACACCUACGCAUCGCCACCUCCUCCUCAAUUCCAAGGGUACUAAAUGGUGGUGACAACGCCAACAAGACAUCCAUGACAACGAUGAGGAGCAACGGUGAUCAUCACAACUAGUUGCAAUGCUUACCCUUUCUUCCUCACAAUAUCAUGCGUCUAUGGGUACAAAUACAUGUAAAAUACAUACAUGUAGAGUAUACGUGUACCCAGAGAAGAGGAGUGUGCAAAGUGUAGAAAAGGUGAAAUAUGCUCGAUCAGCAUGAUGGAAUUGUAAAAUCUUUUCAAAAUUCUACUGAAAAUGCGAAAAUGAAAUGGUAUUUUUGGGUCCUUUUUUGCAAACAAUCCUGGUGCAUUUUAUAACCUCUAAAUCAAUCCAUAUCCUUCCAUGCAUGACGUGAUCCACUAUUAGAACUCUUAGUCAUUGGAUAAAUAACUUAUAAUUCCUCCGGUUUAAAUAAAUGACAUCACUAAUUUCUUA